AUGACUCAGAGACUACUAGUAAAGCUUGAUGUGCUGAAGGAAUAUACAGUGAAAAGGCUGGCUAAAUAUGAAAAGAUGAAAAGUCCAAGUCUUGGGAAAUUUGUAAAAACUCCACUGUUUGAACUUAACCUGGAUUAUGAAUUGUGUCCUGGAAAACCAAGUUUUUCAGUUUCUGCUGAGUGUGUUAUUGAAUCUUGUUGCCUUUCAAGCUACCACCAAACAAGGUCUGUGUCAGCAGCAAGCAUAGUUAGCAAGAAAACUGCUCCGAGGCCAUCUAGUGUUCCAAACAACUUGAAACUUAAACAAAGUGAUAAAAAAGGGAAGUUUCAGACUUCCAAUGGAGGCUUCAUUAUCUUGAAGGUUAACCAAAAGCUAAAACCACUUCGUUUCACCACAGGAGUUCAGAAAAGAUCUGAAAGGAUACCAUUUAACCUUAUUGACACAUGUAAAUAUUCCUAUCCCAACAACCAGGAUGAAAGCAAAACUUUGGGUCGCACAGACACUUCCCACCAUUUUUUGCCUGCAGCAACCCAGAGACAGGAUGGACAGGCAACUGCUGCUAUAGGAAAAGGUGAGAGAACAGACCAAUCCAGUAUUCACAAGGAGAUCGGCAAUCAAGAUGCUCAACAGUUGGAGAAAGACAGUAAAGUUAGAUUUGGUGUCAGUGGACAGUUACCAGAUGACCCAAAUGCAAGAAAAGACACUUCUUUGGAAGAAACUUUAAUGCCUGAGAGAGUCAGCAUUAAGAAGAGUACUGCUGACUCCAAGGACAAUGGUUUGAAAGAGAAGAAAAGCUUCAUCCCCCUGAGCAUUGAGGAUGAAAUUGAGAAACCAAAUGCCAAAAUAAUCAGAGUUGACUUGCCAAAAGAAAAGGCACCAACUUCAAUGAAAAUGAGUGAAACACAGCCUGUGCUGUGCAACAAUGAAGUGUAUCUGCAGAAAUUUAUUUUGGAUAAAAUUGCCAACCAGCCUGGAGACAAAGCCUCCGUUCGUGAUACAUGUGUGGUAUUUACACAGCUAAACCCAAUUCUACAAAACAACUAUAAUGAAACUCUUGCAAUACAUCAAGGUCAACAUUUUGCUUCUAGAGUAAUAGCAAAGAAAAGAAUGCCCACAUCAUUUUUGCAAUCCAACACAUUCAGUGCUGAGAUUUUAUCCAGCAAGAAGAUGUGUUAUAAUCCCAUGCAUUCUCAGACAGAGAAACCAGCAGAGCAUAAAAUGCCUGCACACUUCAAUAAUGCUAAUGUACCUUUUAUGAAAGAAGAUGUAAAAGAACGAAAUGCCUCACAGCUUAUUCAUAAGGAUGAGAAAUGUGAAUUUGUAGUAUGUGGGGUGAACAUUAAAACUGACAUAUACCAUGAAAUUGUAUCAGAUAGUGGGUUUUCAACAGGUAAAUCUGAAGUUCUGGAUUCCUACCACAAUUAUAUAACUCCCAUUGAAGAAGCCCCUAAGAAAAGAAUUGUUUUUGUGGACUAUGUACCCAUCUCAAAGCCAGUAAAAAUACACACAUUUGGUGAGGAACCCAUUGGCCUGGACUCCUCUCUUUCAGUUAGCAAUUACUCAGAAAUACAUGACUGUACUAAAAGCAAAGCAAUCAAGAAAGACAGAUCAGAUGUUAACCAAGAUGCUUCUGACAAGAAAGUCUUCCUGGACAAAAACAGCCUAGAUAAUAUGGAAUUUUCCAGGUACUGUCACCAGUUUUCAUUUGAAGAAGACAGUGAGAUAUCAAGCACUACAAUAUCAACAGAAUCAUCAAGAAGCUUUAAUGCAGAAGUAAAUGCUUCUCAGGUAGGAGAAAAGCAACCCAUUACAUUCUCCCUUCCUCGAGUUAUAAGCAUACCAACAGCACAAUGUGAUGCCUCUGAAUAUAACAGGGACCUGCCUAUGCAGAAGACAAAUGGUCACUGAUCUAAGUGGUGAUAAGCACCACCCUCUGAAUCAGAAGUGGAUUUUGUUUGUGUUUGCUGUUCCUCCAGUUCUGCUAAUAAA